UCAGCGGGAUGCGGUGUACUCGUCGGUACACUCGGGCUUGAUAAGCCCCCGAGAACUGGACGGAAAUGGGGGAAUAUGAGGCUUUGUUUGUUGUGAAAAAUUGUGUACCCAUUUGGGUGGUCCCUGCCAAUAACUGGGAGUUGUGUGCUUGAUUAAGUGGAAUCAUUAUGGGAAACCAAAAAAUGUCAUAUAAACAUUUAAGCCUUGAUAAGAGGGAACUUUAAUUUAUUCCUUCACUGUUCUGUUUUUGAAGUGAUUUUGAACACACAUCUAUUGCUGCAGUUCGAGGGCGGGUGCAUGUGUGCGUAAGUGUCGUCUGUGUGUGUUUGUGCGUGAUUUUGUUGCUAUUACUAAUGCAGCAACGUUGUUGCAUUCGUUGUAAUGUCCAUGGAAACCCCUAAGAGUAAACUACAUAAAUGUUGCAUUUCGUGGUGAUGCAGCUGUCCGUGAGAGAGGAGGCGAAGGAUGAGGGAGAAGUGGGCGCAGCAAUUACGAGUCCGUGGUUGGUGUGUUCGGUUCGGCAUGAAGCGAGACGACUUUGCCAAAGGAGGAAUAAGGAAGCAGAGCGAACUUUUAAUCAAUAGAUAUAUAAACACACGCACACACAUGCACCCAUCUACUCACGAAGUCACACACAGGGCGAGGGAGCAAGCGAAAGAGAGAGAAAUAGCGAAUUCAGAGAGCGAAUAGGACAAACAAAGGCAACAAUAAUGGGAGCAGCAACAACAACAGUUAUACUUUUAAGACAGCAAGGCAGUGCGCGCAUAGGGAGCAUAGAGAGAGAGAGAGAGUGAGAGAGUUUCCAGGCCAGGCCAGAGAGCGAGCACGCCUGUUACCGUUACUGUUGUUCUUGUUGCUGGAUGGAGAAAAGGAUGGCGGAUGGCAUGGCUGCUGCGGCAGGCUGGCAGGAAGAGGAAGACAAUUGAACAAAAUUGCUAUUGCGGUGCCCAGGCCGCAGCAGCACUAAUAAGAAGAAAGGAAUAAAGGCGGAGACGCCAAACAACAGCUUUUUUAGGGUGUGCAAAAUAAAAGUGUAAAACGCGUGCACAACAAUUUGGAUUUGGUGUCAAGAGGUUAGGAAACGCCGCAGCCCCGUGAGCACGUAGAGCGUGUCAGAAGUGACGUCCAAACCCACCAACAACAAAAGGAACGGGGGGGAAAAGCAGACACAAGAGGGAGGACUCACACUCAUCUCACACUCGCAUACACACACGCUCAAGAGGAGUGCGAGAAAUCAAAGGAGUGCGAGAGCAAAACCGUUAGGGGCUGCCCAAGAGAACAGCGAGAGUCAAGCAGGAUGGGCGACUAUCACGAGUUUACGGAUCAAUACAAGGUCCCGGUGAUAGCCAAACUGCUCCAUGCCCUGCCCCACUACAACAUCACAUUCCACAAGAUCAACAGCACGUUCCGGCCCAACGAUGAGAUCUACCUAGAGAGUCUGGGCAUCCUGGGAUCGGUGCCAGCGGCGCUACUUAUCGUCUCGCUGCUGGGACUACUCUUCUAUCUGAUGACCAGAUGCUGCGACCGGAAACCCCGCCCGGCCCACUCGAUAACCAGCCUGAAGGUGGCCCUCUCGAUUGUGACUGUGAUGUGCUGCGCCGCCAUCGGCCUGGGCCUUUACGGAAACGAUGAUCUGCACAAUGGAUUGCUCGAGGUGCUGACCGCCGGACGGAAGGUGGACAAUCUUGUGACGACCAUCAGGAAUCAGACGCACAUACUGGAGAACACGCUGACGAAUCGCAUCAGGCCGCAGCUGGUGGAGCUGGCGGAUAUUUUCGAUCAACCGGUGUCCAAUCAGACGGCUCUAUCCAAGCUCUUUGUUUCGCUGAACAUUGUCCAGGGCAAUGUGACCUUGGCCACGAAUGCAGCCAGCGAUAUACGACGACCCCUGAUGGGCAUCUCCAUGACACACUUUCUGACACGCGGCGACCAGUGGGAACUGAUACGCUGGCCGGGCACAGUGGCUACCCUAGCCCUACUCCUUGUCCUUUGUGCUGUUCUGCUAGUGGGCGUGGCCAGGCACUCGCGAUGCGCCCUGAUACUCUUUAGCGUUUGCGGUCUGCUGGCCGUAACUGGCUCCUGGCUGAUGUCCGGCCUGUAUCUUUCCUCCUCGGUGGCUGUGGGCGAUCUGUGCAUAAGCCCAGCGGAUUUCCUGGUAUCCACGGCCCCCCGGGACCUGCCCACGAACGUGCUGCUGCACUACACCCAAUGCGAGCCGGGGCACACGAACCCGUUCACCCAGCGGCUGAGAGAGUCGCAGAACUCGCUGAACAAUGCCCGCAGUGCCAUGGCCACCGUGAUGAAGAUAUCCCUGGUGCUGUUCAAGUCCUCGGGCCUGCAGCCGAAGCUGGGAGCGGUGAAUGCAGAUCUCAAUAGCAGCGAACGGCUUCUGACCCAGCUAACGGCUCUGGUCGAUUGCAAGGCAGUGCAUCAUAACUUUCUGGCAGCCGCCCGGGGACUCUGCGAGGGAGGAUUGCUGGGACUGGUGCUGAUGCUGAUUGCCAGCUUCAUUGCGGCCAUACUGCUGACGAUUAUGGUGUGGGUGGACUCGCACACGUGGAUCUACAUACGCAAGCGGAACGACUAUGCCCAGGUGGAUGAGCCGUCGUAUAUAUCGCAUCCGGCACCGCAGAACCAUCAGCAGAUGAUGAACGCUGCCCGGACCCUGCCGCGCAAUCAUAAUGGGCACUUCAGCCCGCCGGUUAUCAGCGGCUCGCACACACUCCAGCAUCCCAGCAAGCGGCAGCAGCACGAGAUGAUGGCCCACGCACACAUCCAGCAGAACAUGCGGGCCAUGGGUACCCACACGCUGGGACGACUUCCGUCGCAUAAUCACAGCCCCACGCACAUGACUGGUCCCAAUAAUGCAGCAGCAGCCGCAGCCGCUUCCGCACUCGCCGCCAAUAUGCCGCCCACAACACAGGCCCAGGUCCAGGCCGCACAGGCGCAUGCCCAGCAGCAGGCCCAACAACAGCACCAGCAGCAGCAACAGCAGCAGCAACAGCAACAAAUGGGAGGACCCCAACCCAUUUACUGCCAUCAUCCACACCAGCACCCACACCCGCAUCCGCACCAGCAUCAGCAUCCGCACUCGCAUUCGGCUGCCGCCGUGGCCGCUGCGGUCCAGCAUCAGCACGCCAUUUACCACCAGCAGCAGGCCCAAGCCCAGGCACAGGCCCAGCAAUAUGGCACCUAUACGACGGCGGCGGCGGCGGCGGCAGCGGCGGCCCAUCAUGCCCCGCAUCACCUGCCGCCGGGUCAGAGCCAGAUCUAUCAGCAGAUUCCGGCCCAUCUGGCCCCUCAGCUGGCCGCCAAUGGGAAUCCGCAUUCGAUCUACCAGCCGCUGGUGGCCGUCAGCCAGGGCUCAAUUUAUGUUUCCAAUCUGGCCACGAUGCGACGGCAGAAUAGCCAGGCUGGACCACAGAUACCGGCCCAUCAUCAUCCGGGGGCAGUACCGCCACCCAAUCCCCACCAGCAGCAGCAACAUGCCCAGCCCCCGCCGCCGUCGCAGCAGCAGCAACAGCUGCACCAGCUCAAGUCGCCACAACAGCACCAGCCACAUCCCCAACAGCAGCAGCAGCAUCAGCAUCCGCACCCGCACCCGCAGCAGCCCGAGUCGGAUGUAGUACCCAUUAGCACUGCAAUGGACACGGCCAUCUACGAUCGGGAUAAGCAGAUCUACAAGUGCUCCACCCUGCGGCAGGGUGGAAAGUUUGAUCCCAAGUACAAGCCCUCGAUACUGAAUUGUCCCUUGCCGGAGAUACCCAAAGAUGCGGAGCAGCCCAAGGUGGAGUCCAUCUACCAGCAGAAGCAGCAGGCGCAUCAUCAGAACUAUUCCAAGACCCUGCAGCGACCACCGAUGAAGCUGCCGCCGCAGAUGAAAGCCAUUCCACCGCCCCGCAUUGGAACGCCCACAUCGCCACCACCGCCAUCUGCACAGCCCACGCAAAUGCUGAGCGAGAGCGGAGGAGCCGCCGUCGUGGGCCUCCAAAACGGUGGCCCCAACAACAACAGCGAGGACACAUCACUGCCACCGCCGCCGCUUGAGGCACAGACGGCACAUCAUGUGGAAGCGACUCCCCCCAAGUCCCGGAUGGGACAGGCGGCCAAUGGAAAGGCGGGCAACGGUCUGGCCCUACACAACGGCGGAGGAAGCGUCGCCACAGCGGCUGGAGUGGGCUCCACAGUGGAUGAUGAUGAUGAUCUACCGCCGCCGCCGCCAGCGAUAACCGACGAGAGCAACUAUGCGGUGACCGAGCUGUAAAAAGGAAUAGCAAUGGGAAUGGGAAUGGGAAUGUAAUUGAAAACGGGCUGGGAUGGGCUUGGGCUUGGGCAUGGGUUUUGGCGUCUUCCAGCGGACAUUACUUCUAGACUUUUUUGUAUUAUAGACACAUGGCGCGAGAAUGAUAUGGAUUAGAACAGAAAGGAGGUGGGGUGGGGUGGAAUUAGUGGCGACUGUUCCUGUUUCUUGAUUUGUUGCAUUUAUCGUAAUCGUAUCCUACAACCGGAAUCCUUCUUUGUGCAUCCUAUGCAAGUGAAAGCUAUUACGAUGGAUAGCCCACAAUUCGACUUUUGUAUAUACUAUACACUAGACAUUACGUAUAUAUCUAAAUCUACAUAGGAUAUAUAUAAAUAUAUACACUAUAAACGCACACAGACAGACCGACAAAACUCGUGCAUAUUUAGAUAUUUGACUUAUACUAUAUAUAUACAUAUAUAUAUACCAUACUAUAUAUAGAACAUAUAUGUAACAUAUAUCAACGAUCUAUGAAUUCAUAUAAGUCUAUAAAGACACGGUUAUUCCUUUUUGAUAAUAGCAUAUUUUUACCAAUCGCUACAGAAACACUUUUUAAAAUUGUUAAAAGACAACAAUUUAAAAAAAAUGUAUUUAAAAGCCAAGAGACAGACAGCAAUUAUGGGGACAAGAAUAUUGUAAUAUACAACAUUAAUCUAUAAACAAAAAAAAAAAGGAUAAAUCUUCACCCAGAAAAUUAAAAUCGGGAUCGUAGUUUAUAAGUUCUAGGAAUCGAAAUGUAGUUGAAAGUUAGCAAACGUGUUUUUUUUUAUGUACUUAUGGCACUUGUCGAGAGUCAAUUUUUAUCUAGAAACCCGGGCCUCUGAAUCCAAAUGUGUGUGUGUGGAAGAUGUGGGGGCAAAUCCUUCAAUACUCCUAUAUUUCCUUAAAGGAAAUCAAUAUUCCUUAAAUCUGUUGAUAUUUUUAAUAAUUAGUUAAUGCGUAUAUGUAUGUUCCGUUGUCGAAAACGAUAAUCAAGCGAUCGUUCAACUAAUACUAUACUCUGUACAUUGCAUGGUUAAUAGAUCGAUUUCCCCUAAUCAGUAAUCUUUCGAACAGAAUUUUGCAUUUAAACUGAUUUACUGAACUGUUUUAUAGUGCGUGAUGUGUGAUAACUAUUCUUAACUCUAGUCAUUCCAACAUUGGAAAUCUGGAUAUCCUGGGAAAAUCUGUUAACAUGACUCUUCGGGCUUCAAAUAGUGAAUAACUAAAGCCAGAUGUAAUUUAUUUCCAAUGAUUGAAUUAUUGAUUACUUUUAAAAGGUCACUCCAACAGAUAUUCCUUGCCCCCAUAUUUCCCCGCAUCUCCAAGCAUUCGGUUCGGAUGGCCGGUGGUAGUAGGUAGUGCUCGACUCUGUCCUGUGUCUGGGUUGUGCGUCAGGUUGAUCCAACGAUUGCGGAUCGCCUGGGACUGGCUGGGGGUUGAAUCGAUUUAGGAACGGGCAGACAGACGAGACGAACGGAACGAGUAGACUUCGUUUGGAUUUGACCCCUGCGAUUUUAUUGUGUAUCUAACCUAAGCUUAACAUGGAAUGCAUUUAUUAUACAUAAACUAGCACAUAUGAAUAUACAACUAUACAACUAUACACACAGGAACACGAACAACCAACAAAUAAAUAUAUACAUUAAAGUAUAGAUAUAUAAUUGGAAUAUAUAGUAGUACUAACUGUACAUUUAGUAGCUAAACGAAAGGCAGGAAGGGGAACGAGCCCAAGCAUACAUACAUAUAUGACGUACGAGUAUAGCUUAAACCAAACGAAGACAAACGAUAACCAGAAAAAAACGAGAUUUAGAUUCUAGACUUGUCAUUGGAACCGAAUAGCAAUAUAUGAACUAACAGAACAGAUCAUAACAGAAAGUACUGCCCUCCCAACAACUAGUCUUUCCCCCAAAAACUGACAAAGAAGACACCAAACUGCAAAGUUAAAUAGAUAUAUAUAUGAUAUAUAUUAAAUAUAGCUAGUUAUAUAUACAGACACACAAAUGCCUAUCAACUACGAGUAUACUGCAGCAAAAGCAACAGAAAAAGCAACAGCAAAACCGCAAAGAAUAAUCGAUCGAGUUGUGGGGAUAGAGUUCCUUUUAGAGGAAUUCCCCGAGUCAGAGUAGAGACCAGACCAGAGGCCAACGAAGCGACGAACGAGGCCAACCAACUAAGGCAACCCCGAACACUGCCCGAAACACACAGCGAAAGUUCACAACAUUUACAGAUAAAUUGAAUAGCUAUAUACAUAGAUACUAAUAUACAUAUAUUCGUAAAAACAAACCUUCACUGAUCCCCGAUCAGUGAUCAUAUUAUAUACACUACAUCGCAAUGAAAUGAUCAAUUGUAAAAUAUUAACGAUGGAGUAGUACUCAAGACGAAAUUUACCCAAUAAUCUUUAUAAAAAAGAAACAAACACACACUGGAAAAAGAACGUUUUUAAAAGUAAAUAUGUAUAGAUCGUGUAAAGACAAAAAAAAUGAACAAACUAAUCAAUUUUUUUUAUUCGCUUAUUAUACAAAUACAAAGUACAUAUGUAUGUUAUACACAACCAAGCAAAAAAAAAAAAACAAAAACAACCAGAAAAUUAUUUAAAAACGCAACCCCUUUUAGAGAGAUUGUAUGUAAAGCUCUGCUCCACCGGGGGGAGGUUUAAUAAAAAAA